AUGGCAACUGCAGAAGAGCGUUUUUUGGACGCUGUGCAGGAAGCGUAUGACAACAAGGAGACAGUGCUCCACUUCAGCUACCAGGAGGAUCUCGAUGCUAUUCCGCCCGCCAUCAAGGCACUGCGCAACACACUCGAGUUGCUGCACAUCGACAACAACUACUCACUCACCGCACUUCCACCGGCGAUAGGCGACCUCGGCCGGCUGCGUUGGCUCAACGCGAGUUAUUGCAGGCUCUCGUCGCUCCCGAUGGAGAUUGGUCGCCUCUCACACCUGGAGCGGCUGUUCUUGAGCAACAACGUGCUCCCUGCGCUGCCGAUGGAGGUGUGGCAGCUGAAGAGCCUGCAGGAGCUGCGCCUGGACAACAACAACUUGCGCGUGCUACCCGGCGGCCUUCUUUUCCUGCCGCGGCUCGAGACGCUAACACUGGAGAACAACCCGCUGCUUUCGCCGGAGGAUGUCGCGGGCGCCGCCCCGGCGAUGCUUGUGGCACCGCUCUUGUCCGUUGACUGCUCCAACUGCUGUGUGCGCCUGCGGAACUACGAGGUGCUGAUUACGUUCCACAGCAUCGCAACGCUGGCGUCCGUGCCAUUUAUGCAUUGCGUGUGCUCGGAAGCCUGCAAGCUGCACCUGGAGGUGCGGCUGGCGGAGUAUGAUGCGUCACAUACGCCCACGGGAUCGCCAUGA